AUGGCCUCUCUCUCAGGCCUCUGCUCUUCUUUCCCUUCUUUGAAGCUUAAGCCUUGCCCGAUCGCCGGACUCACUCCUUUGUUUCGCAAGGACACGCUCCCGUUCUCCACUCAUUCCAACUCCUGCUCUAAACUCUCCGUCGCUCGUGAGGUGUCCGCCGAUUUGUCUAAAACCGCCGACGUUGGAGUUUUGAAGAAGGCGAAACAAGGUGGACUCGAGAAAGAUCCUAAAGCUCUGUGGAGGAGAUACGUUGACUGGUUGUACCAACACAAGGAGCUCGGGUUGUACCUCGAUGUAAGUAGGAUCGGGUUCUCCGAUGAGUUCGUUUCCGAAAUGGAGCCCCGAUUCCAAUCCGCGUUUAAAGCCAUGGAGGGAUUGGAAAAAGGCGCCAUCGCCAAUCCCGAUGAAGGGCGGAUGGUGGGCCACUAUUGGCUGAGGAACGCGAAACUCGCGCCGAGUUUGUUUCUGCAAGUACAGAUCGACAACACUCUAGCGGCCGUCUGUAAUUUCGCUGAUGACGUCAUCAGCGGUAAGAUUAAACCUCCCUCUUCGCCUGAGGGUCGUUUUACUCAGAUACUGUCAGUUGGGAUUGGAGGUUCUGCUCUGGGCCCGCAGUUUGUCGCGGAAGCAUUAGCUCCUGAUAAUCCUCCUCUAAAGAUAAGAUUCAUUGAUAAUACAGACCCUGCUGGAAUCGAUCAUCAGAUUGCACAGCUUGGGCCAGAGCUAGCUUCUACCCUUGUAAUUGUGAUUUCAAAGAGUGGAGGUACCCCUGAAACAAGAAAUGGUCUGUUGGAAGUGCAGAAAGCCUUCCGUGAAGCUGGUCUGGAUUUCGCAAAACAGGGUGUUGCUAUAACACAAGAAAAUUCUUUGUUGGACAAUACUGCGAGGAUUGAGGGUUGGGUAGCCAGGUUCCCUAUGUUUGAUUGGGUUGGUGGCAGGACAUCUGAAAUGUCUGCAGUUGGUUUACUUCCUGCAGCACUUCAGGGAAUUGACAUAAGAGAAAUGCUUGUUGGUGCGUCCAUGAUGGAUGAGGCCACUAGGAGCACAGUGCUUAGGAAAAAUCCUGCAGCAUUGCUUGCUUUAUGUUGGUAUUGGGCAACUGAUGGGAUCGGAUCCAAGGAUAUGGUUGUCCUUCCUUACAAGGACAGCUUAUUACUAUUUAGCAGAUAUUUACAACAGUUAGUUAUGGAAUCACUUGGCAAGGAGUUUGAUUUGGAUGGUAACCAGGUAAAUCAAGGAAUUUCUGUAUAUGGGAAUAAAGGAAGCACAGAUCAGCAUGCCUAUAUUCAACAACUGAGGGAAGGUGUGCAUAAUUUCUUUGUGACCUUUAUUGAAGUGCUACGUGAUAGACCCCCUGGUCAUGAUUGGGAGCUUGAACCAGGCGUUACAUGUGGUGACUACCUCUUUGGAAUGCUACAGGGAACAAGAUCAGCUCUGUAUGCAAAUGACCGAGAGUCCAUCACUGUCACUGUCCAAGAGGUGACACCUAGAUCCGUUGGGGCACUCAUUGCACUCUAUGAGCGAGCAGUUGGAAUUUAUUCCUCGCUUGUCAACAUUAAUGCUUAUCAUCAACCUGGUGUGGAAGCCGGAAAAAAAGCUGCAAGUGAAGUAUUAGCUCUACAAAAGCGGGUUUUAGCAGUACUGAAUGAGACCAGCUGUAAAGAACCUGUUGAAUAUUUGACACUGGAAGAAGUGGCAAACCGUUGCCAUGCACCUGAAGAUAUUGAAAUGAUAUACAAAAUCAUCGAGCACAUGGCUGCCAAUGAGCGAGCAGUAAUUGCGGAAGCGGAUUGUUGUUCACCUCAUAGCUUCAAGGUUUUGCUUGGAGAAUGCAAUGCUGAUCAAUUAUAUGCUUGAGAGGAUGAAAUUUAAGAUCCUACCUUUUUGUCCAACAAAAUUACUUCACCAUGAACCAGGUCAGGUGUUUCCUCCUGCACCAAUGCUGUCGACUCUGAAAUAAUAAAACUUCACCUUUUGCUUGUUUGUCAUGGGAAGAAUAAAGAGUAAAAUCGACUAUUUUAUUACACAUGCAUUGUUUGUGAUUGCUACAAGGUUAAACCUAUAAAUUGAGUUGGGUUUCAUUAGAAUAAUAAUUUUUUU